CUACCUUUGUUCCAACUUGUCAGCUGAAGUUAUGAGUCACACAACUUAUACAUAAAAUCACCAGACAUUUGCAAGGAAGAGCACAGCAUAUUCUUUAGCACCUGCACUUAAUACCUGAAAGGAAAUAUCAUUUGUUGGAAAAAAAUUAUCUGAGUGGUGAUUGUUCCUACUCUGCUGCAGCAAAACCAGUUCUGUUUGGAUCAGCAAAGGCACCAGAGGCGAAUUCAUCACCACCCAACGGACCUUUUGUUGGCCGUCUCAUCGGGCGGAGGGAAUCCAGUAGCCUCAAACGCCACAAUGAGUUCAGUGGCGGGGUUACGCUCCGGAUUUGGGUCCUCCGGCACGUCGUCUGGGUUUGUGACCCUUGAAGAGAAGAGAGAAGGGAGUCCAGGUGCGGUCACCUUUACAAAGGUGUCCAAAACCUACACAGCAUCAUCUCCUAUUUUGAAGGAUCGGAAGCUCAUGGUAACCAUGGCAGGAAAUAACGCUGAUGUUUUUGACGGGAGUUCAGGCACAGACUCAUCUCCUGAGUAUUCCAGGAAGGAGUACGGCUCCUUAAAGGUGCCGUCAAGUUCCACCACACGAGGGAGAUCUCAGAGUCGAGAGAGUGAGAUUCGAGCCAGGCUUCAGAGCGCUUCUAAUUCAGCAAGUUGGACUGAACUGGAUGAUGUGAAGCGUCUGCUGAAAGGAAGUCAGUCUGAGAGCACCAGCACCGUUCAGUCUCCGAACAACUCUUUGCCCAUUCCCAAGAAGGCCACUGUAGAAACUCGAACCUUGUCUGAGAGCACCAGCACCAUUCAGUCUCCUAACAACUCACUCCUCCUCCCCAAGAAGUCCAGUGUGGACACUAGGAUUGUAUCUGAGAGCACCAGCACUAUUCCGUCGACCAACAACUCGUUGAUUAUUCCCAAGAUCACCAGUCUGGACACCAGGAUCGGGACAGACAUCUCAAAACCAGGUCUGUCCACAGCUCCGGAUCCCUAUGGCGGUGUUUGGCCUGGAAGUAUUAACAGUAGCUACAGCUACAAUACAAACCCCAACAACUUAACCACCACAUCUACCAUUUACCACUCAGGAGGUGGGCGAGGAGGAAGAGGAGUAGCAGGAGGCGGAGGAGGUGUUCAGAAGAAUAUGGCCUUUAGCUCUCCCCCUGUACACAGUGGACUAUCUGUCAGCAGCACUGUGCCAGUGUAUGGUGUUCAGAAUAACCUCAUCAGUACCACCAGCCCUCCUGCCACCAUCUCUCCGGCUGGAACAAACACUGAAAUAGUUUAUGGCGUACAGAAAAAUGUCUCCAGCCCUGCAAUCAGCACAACAACCACAGUGCGCCCCAGCAGUCCUUCUAUUGAUGAACCUUUGGGCAAAGAUUAUAAGUUUACGAUGAUAGAAAAGGACAACACGCCUGUCAAGAAGGAAACAGAGCGACUUGUUAUGACCAAAGACACAGGCAAACAAUUCGUGUCUGCUGCUCCUGCGACUUCUUCAAUGUCUGCGGCUACCUACUCUGAUGACUCACUGAUGAGAGAGAAACAUAAGUUUUCAAUGAGCGCAAUGAAUGACGAAAGGGAUGCUAAAGCUGCACUCCUGAAAUAUGGCUCAAAAGAUGAGGUUGGCUGUGCAGAUGUGUGCAACGACGGCUCAUGCUUCGGCUUGAGCCGCUGCUGCCGCUGCAGUUGGUGGAAGUGGCUGCUAGGCCUCCUGCUCAGUCUCCUCCUUCUUCUCGGUCUCCUCUUUGGACUCAUCGCUUUGAGUGAGGAAGUGAAACGGCUCAAGAAGCGAGUCGAAGCCGUAGAAGCCAUCACCGGCACCGCGUCAUCGAGGACUAGUCGUCUCUCCGGCAUCAACAUUGCCGAUCCGCUGGAUUCCAAAUACACGGACAGGAGUUAUUCUGGUUCCACACUGACUCACUCCGAUAAUGGAAUCGGUUUAGGGACUGCAAGAGGUUCAGGGGGGGACUUGCAGAGAACUGUCCAGCAGCUGGUGAGAAGCGAACUACGCUCUGAUGCCUUUAGAGACUCGUUGAAAGGAGCUAAAGGAGACCCUGGGAUGAAAGGUGAUCCGGGGGUUCUUGGGCUUCAAGGUGAUGCUGGAUUUCCUGGCCUACCGGGUCCUCCUGGACUGGUGGGCAACCCAGGAACAGAAGGACCCAGAGGUCCAAAGGGAAGCACAGGUGAUCCAGGUCUUCAGGGAUUACCGGGUCCAAAGGGUUUGGAUGGGCCUUCAGGAGUACCUGGACUACCUGGUUUUGGACAGAAAGGAGAGAAAGGAUCUCAUGGCGAUCCGGGACCAGUUGGGGCUCCUGGACAAGUGGGGCUGAAAGGUGCUCCUGGUUCAAAGGGUUCCCAGGGUGUCAACGGAUAUCCAGGACAAAAAGGAACACCGGGCUUGCCAGGAAUCAAAGGGGCCUUGGGAGAGAGGGGACCUCGUGGCCCAGCAGGUGAACCUGGAAGAGAGGGACAAAAGGGCUCCAAGGGAAAUGCAGGUGAGCAAAAAAUAAAAAUAAAAAUAAAAACCCAAAUUAUCUUUAAAAGUAUUGCGAGGGGAUCAUCUGGGCUUCCAAAAUACUUACAUUUUUCAGGUCCUCCAGGAAAUCAAGGCCCGCCAGGUGUUCCUGGAAUCCCAGGACAACCUGGUUCAAAAGGUGAAAUGGGUCCAGCUGGUCAAGUCAUUUCUGCAGCUGGCUCAGACACGGUCGCCAUCCCCGGACCACCAGGACCGACUGGACCUCCGGGUCCUGCUGGAGUUCCUGGUUUGUCUGGUCCCAUCGGUCCAACUGGAAACCCUGGUCUAAAAGGAGACCGAGGAGAGAAAGGGGAUAGAGGUGAGAGAGGAGAAGCUGGCAUCAGCGUCACACGUUCAGAAACUGUCAGUUCAACACGAACUGGUAGUCUGUCUUCAUCGGCUGGGGUGACGGGCCCUCCAGGACCGCCAGGCCCACCGGGAGCUCCAGGUCUUCAAGGUCCUCCUGGUGAGUCAAGACAAGGUCUACCUGGGCGUAGAGGUCCGCCUGGAGAGCCAGGUAUUGGAGCACCUGGACCCGCAGGGCCAAAAGGAGAGGCUGGCAACUUUGUCCCUUCAUCAGGAACCUUCUUUGCUGGACCACCAGGGCCACCUGGACCUCCUGGACCCCAGGGCCCACAGGGUGAGCGAGGACUCCGAGGUUACCAAGGAGAAGCAGGUCAGCCAGGUUUGCCAGGAACUCCAGGAGAACCAGGUGAUUCCGGAUUCUCUGGAGUCUCUCUCGGGGGCACAUCAAGACGAGGAUUACCCGGACCUCCUGGACCGCCAGGUCCACCUGGAAGAGGUUGGAGUGCUGCGUCAGGUUCAAGUGAAAUGGGCCAGUACAUUGCAGAGUACAUCCAGAGUGGGAAUUUGAAGCAGUACCUGACGGGUCCUCCGGGGCCUCCGGGACCUCCAGGGGUCUCAGCGGCCUCAGGUGCCGAGAUGGUGGAUGAUGUCGCAACCCGAGUCAUUGCCUACAUUCAGAGUCAAGGCAGAGGAAAUAGUGGGACCUCCGGUUCUCUUGGUCUGACUCUUCAGAGCGGCUCCAUUUCUGUUGAUGACCUCAUCGCCAUUUUACAGCGAGAUGACGUGAGAAGGUAUGUUGCUGGUCCUCCUGGCCCACCAGGGCCCCCUGGAGCACCAGGUCAUGGAAGCUAUAGAUUUGGCAUGCAGGAGGUAGCUGAACGUGCCCUCAGUCUGAUGAAAGAAAGGGGCUUGGUGGGUGUAUCUGGACAAGGAUAUGGCUUCUCAUCUGAGUAUCAUACUGCUGUUGGACCCCAGGGGCCACCCGGUGUACCCGGUCCACCCGGACCACCUGGAGCACCAGGAAGUGGAAACUUCUUGAGCUCAGAUGUUCGUGAAUACUUGCAAAGUAUUGCCGGCCGAGGUCUUCCAGGUCCACCUGGUCCCCCUGGACCUAUGGGUCCACCUGGUACCAGCACCGAACUUACCUACAUUGAAGGUGUCACCGGCGAGACGAUCAGAGCAGAUAGGCGGGAAUAUGUCAGCAGUGACAGGACAAGAGGAGGUAUGUUUGGCAUUCCCGGUCCACCCGGCCCACCUGGACCCCCGGGAGAAAAGGGAGAUUCAGGCGUAUCCGGUGGUAGAAACUGGAACCUGGACACCGGAGACUACUCCAGUAUGGCUGUCCGAGUAACAGAUUAUAUCAAAUCCCAGGGCCUGCUCCGGGAUGUUGUGAGGGAAUCUGGUGGUGCUGUCCAAGGGCCUCCGGGACCUCCUGGUCCUCCGGGAACUCCUGGAUACAGCCAAUGGUUUAGUUCUCAAGAUAAUGUUGUGGAUGUGGUGGCGUACCUCAAAUCCCAAGGUCUGCUCUAUGACUCUGGGAGAGAUCAGUAUGGCCAUGCUGGGCAGGGAGUCAGAGGACCACCUGGGCCUCCUGGACCUCCAGGGUCCAUGCUUUGGCUUGGCACUCAUGGGAACGCAACAGAUCUGGUGGAAUACAUAAGAUCUAACGGUGUGUUACACGACAUCAUCAGGGACUACAGCAAUCACAUCUUCCAAGGACCCCAAGGCCCACCUGGUCCUCCAGGUGCGCCGGGCCACGGUCAAGGCUUUGGUUCCAGUGGGAAUUACACACAUCUGGUGGAAUACCUCCAAUCACAUGGUCUGAUUGGUGACAGUCGAUGGAGCAGCUAUGACCGCACUGCUCAAGGGCCACCAGGACUGCCCGGGCCUCCAGGAGCUCCCGGAUACAGCCGAGUGUUCGGCUCCCAAGAAAAUGUCACCGAUUUAGUGGAAUUCAUCAGAGUACACGGUGCCAUUGUCGGAGCACCGGGGAGACCAGGACAAAAAGGGGAAAUAGGAUUUCCAGGCCCUAAAGGAGACAGAGGUGACCGUGGUUAUCCAGGACCCAAGGGAGAAAAAGGCGACAGCUCAGUGAUUUCAAGGAGAGCAAAGAGGCACGUUGUGGUCUGAGUCACAUGACUAUGGGGAUGAAAGUGCACCAUUGUUUUCAUGUACCGGUACGUUUGUUUGUUUUGCCACAGCAAAUGUAUGCUCCAUUUUCUUUUUUUUUGUUUUGUUCCAUUACUGUAUCCGCUUUGCUGUAGGAAUUGUACCGAAUAUGACUUUGAAACCAAAAGCUUUUUAAUGUGACUUUACAUGUGACAAUUUAGACACAGCGAUGCAAUGAAACAAACUGCUGUUAUCAUUUUCAGAGUGUGUAUAAAUGUUGUACUUAUGUCCAGUUGAAUGUAGCUUUUGAUUACAUCAUUUAGUGGACCAACUUUACAAAGCUGGGGUUUACGUAAGGUUAUUGACUUUCACAUAUUCAGUAGUAGGUGAAACUAUAUUGUCGUUCUUUUUCCAAGGAACACAUUCAAAGCAAGACUAAGCAGAGCUGUAUUCCAGUGGAAACUUUAUUUACAGAAAAAAGGGAAAUCUACAUGAUUCAGGCCAAAUGAAAACUGAACAAUUUUUUUUUUAAAUGAAUUAUUUUGGUAGGAAUAAUUAAAUUGACAUUACAACAAAAUGAAUUUACCGACUCAAGAAUUGAUUUCACAAUGACAGUUUUAGGUUGUUCUGAAAUGCUCAGCGGCAGCAAAAUGAGCAAAAUAAGCAUGUGGCAGGAUUUAUUGAAUAGCAAUACUACCGAGUUGUAAUCUUGUAAAAAAGGUGCACAGCACUCCACUUUUAUUUUGGUGCCUUACUAUUAAAUACCUUCAGUAACGCUUCAUAGAAAGAUAACAAGAAAUGAGCUGAUAAAUCAAGAAAGCCUAAACCAGUCAGGCCCACAUUUUCCUUGAACUUCAUUCGAUAUGAAUGUCAUAGCAUAGUUACCAAAAAGCAAACAAACAUGAAAAGAGCUCAGCUUUUGUUUUUUUUUUUAAUCCAAAGACAAUUUAUGCAUUUAGGAUGCAUAACGACCCCCCCCCC